CUCACGUUAUAAACCCCAAUCUUCCGAAUCACUCCCUGCAACUCACAUCUUCUCUACUUCCUUAAACCUCUUUUCACGUUUCUGUAACCUUUGAACUCAUAGAAGCACACAGCCAAAUGGGAAAGUAUUGUGUCGACGACUGUGUUAAUCUGAAGCUAAACUCUCUGUCCAUAGACCCAGACCAUAACCAACCUCAGAGCUCCAAUAGUCACGCUGUUCCACCCAUGCAGUCUUUCUACAAUGAAAAGAUCCGACCAAUUCUUGAUGCUGUCGAAAACCUCAGACGCCUUAACAUCACCAAAGAAGGCAUUCAGCUUCCAAGCAUUGUCGUCGUCGGUGACCAGUCUUCCGGCAAGUCCAGUGUCUUGGAAUCUCUCGCAGGAAUCAGUUUGCCACGUGGGCAGGGAAUCUGCACGAGGGUGCCCUUAAUUAUGAGGCUCCAAAACCACCCUUUGCCAGAGCCAGAGCUUGUGUUGGAGUAUGACAACACAACUGUAUCAACAGAUGAAGAAAAUGUCUCUGAUGCUAUAAACGCAGCCACUGAAGAACUUGCAGGGAAGUCCAAAGGGAUUUGCAACACCCCAUUGACUUUGGUGGUUAAGAAGAAUGGUGUUCCUGAUCUCACCAUGGUGGAUCUUCCAGGCAUAACCAGAGUUCCUGUUCAUGGACAGCCUGAGAAUAUUUAUGACCAGAUCAAAGACAUAAUCAUGGAGUAUAUCAAACCAGAAGAAACUAUCAUUCUGAAUGUUCUCUCAGCUACUGUUGAUUUUCCAACCUGUGAAUCCAUUAGGAUGUCACAGAGUGUUGAUAGAACUGGUUUGAGGACUCUGGCUGUAGUAACAAAGGCAGAUAAGGCUCCUGAAGGAUUACUAGAGAAGGUGACUGCUGAUGAUGUAAACAUUGGACUUGGUUAUAUCUGUGUCAGGAAUCGAAUUAAUGAUGAGUCCUAUGAAGAUGCUCGAAAAGAGGAAGCUAUGCUGUUCCAAAAUCAUCCUCUUCUGUCGAAGAUAGGCAAAUCCAUGGUGGGUGUACCAGUUUUGGCUCAGAGGCUAGUUCGGCUUCAAGCUUCAAUUAUUUCGAAAACACUACCUGAGAUGUUAAGAAAAAUCAACGAGAAGCUAAAUUCUCAGCUUUCUGAGUUAGAAAGCUUGCCAAAGAACCUGACUUCUGCUGCUGAUGCUAUGGCUGCGUUCAUGCAUAUAAUUGGAUUAGUGAAAGAGUCACUGAAGAAAAUUCUAAUCUCAGGCGAAUUUGAUGAGUACCCAGACCCAGAAGACAAAAACAUGCAUUGUACUGCUCGCUUGGUUGAGAAGCUCAACGGUUACUCAAAAGAUCUCCAUGAAUGUGCAGAAAGUAACCACACACAGGAUUUCCUCGUGGAUGAAAUAACAAUUCUGGAGGAAGCAAAGUGUAUAGGCCUCCCAAACUUCACGCCUCGCACAGCUUUUUUGACUUUAUUGCAUAGCAAAGUCAGAGGAAUCUCAUCUAGGCCGAUUCACUUCGUUGAUGAUGUCUGGGACUAUCUGCAAAAAGUGGUGAUCCAAGUCAUAAACCGUCAUUCAGAACACUACUACCAGCUUCAGAGAUGUGCUUGCAGAGCAGGAGAUAAUCUGAUUGAAAGAAUGAGAGAGAAUUCAAAGAAACACGUAAAGGAAACCAUUGAAAUGGAGAAGCUGACAGAUUACACUUGUAAUCCAGAGUACAUGACUGCGUACAAUAAUCUGAUGGCUUCUCGGUCUUCGCUUGUUGGAAAUGUGCGUGAUCGCUAUGGAUCUGUAAGUAUUAGUGGUCUUGGAAACAACAUACAGAUUGGUCAUCUGAGAGAGUACAUACAUGUUCUUGAUCAAGCUUAUGAUCUGAAGAUGAGAAUGAUUGCGUAUUGGAGGAUUGUGUUAAGGAGGCUGAUAGAUAGCAUGGCUCUGCAUCUGCAGUUCAGUAUCAAGAAGCUGGUGACUAACGAGUUGGAGGAGGAGAUCACUGCUUGUUUUACGUCUCCCAGUUUCGGAGGAAUCGAAAGGUUGCUAGAGGAGUCACCUUCCAUGGCUAACAAGCGUGCCACGCUCAGUCGAAGUGUUGAAGUUCUCAGAGAAAGUAAGGAGGUUGUGUCUAACAUCAUGGAUAGAAUUUCUAGCUGCUGAGAUUCAAUUGCCGUUUUAUGUGUGUGGCUAUCUUUUUUAUGUUAUCUCUGUAUCAGUUUGAGUGUGCUUCUGUAAUAUUUUUCUUUUUUAAUAUGAAGUAAUAGUAUGGUUCUAGUUUUCUCA